AGUGCAUAGACAGAAGGUGCUAUAAUUAUACUGGAAUUGCAGAUGCUUGUGACUUUCUCUUUGUGAUGUCUUACGAUGAACAAAGUCAGGUCUGGUCAGAAUGUAUUGCAGCAGCCAAUGCUCCCUAUAAUCAGACAAUAACUGCAUAUGAUGACUACAUCAAGAUGGGCAUUAACCCUAAGAAACUUGUAAUGGGUCUUCCCUGGUAUGGUUAUGAUUAUAUCUGCCUGACUCUAUCGGAGGAUCAUGUUUGUACCAUUGCAAAAGUCCCUUUCCGGGGAGCUCCAUGUAGUGAUGCUGCAGGACGUCAGGUGCCCUAUAAAAUAAUUAUGAAGCAAGUCAAUAGUUCUCUUUCUGGAAUCCUAUGGGAUGAAAAUCAGAAGUCUCCAUAUUAUAACUAUAAAGUAAGACUUUUUGUAAUUGCAUAUUUUCAUAAUUACCUAUUUGAUAUGGAGAAUUUCUAUCAGUUUUCUUUUCGGUACAACAUAUUGACUGCUGUUUAUAGCAGUAAACUUGUCUUUGAGUCUGUUUAA